UUCUGCUGUUCUACAGAGUCGCAAUUGCCCACAAACAAAGGGCAAUGUUGGGACUAGCAGCAGUAUAGGAAAAACCGAAGCUUUAUCCUCUUCACUGGGAAUUCAACGACUAAAAUGUCGAGAGGAAUCAAUCCUCUUCUGAAGAGCCUACAGCAGAAAGCAGACCUUCAAUACAAGCUCUUCACCCGGCGUUAUGGCCAACAAAUCAUUGAUAUCUUGGAUUUCCCUGUUAAGCUGGUCCUAUCCCCUUUUACUCUUGCCUAUGACAUAGCUGGCUCUGCCCCUCGUGGCUUUGGCAUCCCAGAGUUCAUCUCCAAGCUCUCUUACUCUGCAAUUUUCGUUGUUGCUACUGUUGGGACUUAUGACAUUGCAAUGGAACUAGGGAAGAAGGUGUUGUGUCAGAGGAACUGCUGGACAUGCAAUGGAUGGAAUGCAUUACAAUGUACUAUGUGUAAAGGUUCAGGAAAGGUGCAGUACCAGGUGAAAAGCUACACUUUGAAAAGUGGAGAAAAGGCAACAGCUGAAUCCAUUGCGAAUGCCAUUGCUGAAAAUCGAGCUGAGUUGAUACAUCUUCCUUCUACCAUGGACCUUCAUGUACCCUUGCCGACGAAGGAUUGUCCAAAUUGUGAUGGAUCAGGUGUAAUGAAAUGUCCAGAGUGCAAAAACAAGUUGCAGAUCAGGAUUUCUGCUGAUGAUAUAAUGGAGCCUCCAUGGAAAGCCUAUAAUAUAAUGAGAAAGAUGAACUACCCUUAUGAGCAUAUUAUUCAUAGUAUGAAAGACCCCAGUAUUGCUGCAUUUUGGUUGAUUACCCUACCUCAGGUUGUGGGAGGAUUUGAAUAUGAUGACGAUGUCAAGCAGAAGAUUUGGUGGCAAUACAAGGAAUCUAUGAGGUAUGAUGUACUCCAAGAUGCAGUAGCUAAGCGAAAACCAGGGUGGGAGUACUUACAAGAGGCCUUAUUCUCAAUAGAUCCAGAGCGUGCUAGAGAUGAUCCAAUUAUUGUAAAAAAUGUACCUUACCACAAGGCCAAAAAGGCACUAGAAGCAGAAGUGAUGAAGCUUGAUCCUCCACCGCGACCACAGAAUUGGGGGGAACUGAAUCUGCCAUUGAAUGCAUCAUCUUGGAGUGAGGAAGACCUCAAAGAUCCGAAGAAGUUAUAUGAAAUGACAGUCCUUCUUAACGCACAACGAGAAAUUGCUGAUCAAAUGCUAGAUGUUCAGUGGGAAAGAAAAUGGCGUCAAGACAAGUUGAAUGAAAUGCUGCAAGAGAAGAUUCAACCCUACUUGCAUAACAUUGACAAUGGAGUUCUCCCUCAGCCAAUUGUAAUUCAACCCAGAAAUCAGGAUCAAAAGACAAAGCGACGAAGGUGGUUCUUUUUCUGAUGGCCAUCGGGUCGAUAUGAUUUUUGUUAGUAUGUUAAUCCAAGUGGUCUUAAACUUGGUUCCUUUUGUCGCUAGAUUUUGGAUGAGUGGGUAAAUUCUCUCUACUUCUACGCCAUUUUGUUGGCUGAAGGCCUCCUAUUGCAUAUCCUCCUUCACGAUUCGCUUAUAUUGACUAUUCUGGGAACUUUCUCUUUCUGCCUCUGACUUAAUCCACAUGUAAUUGGUAUUUAAACGGCAAAUCAGCUACUAAGAUACACUUACUAUCGAAAAUGUACCCGCUCAA